AUGCCCCCCGGUGGACUUCCGGCUAGCCUGGUCGCAGGCAAGCCCACUCCGACUGUGAACACCUCCUACGGAAGUAGCUAUCAGAAAAACACACCCACUUCCCCUGAGGAUAGUCUCAUCCCAUUUGAUUCACCCUCCACCCGCACAGCUGGAAAUCACAGUCCUUUGAGCCCAGAAGACCGUUCCCCGCGGGGCCUUGAACCUGAUCAACCAGGUUUCCGGGACCGAUCCAAUGUGAGGGACAGAUCGCGCCCUAAUGGGCGACCCCACAACAAGUCUCCAGGCUCGUCCCGUCUCUGCCAAAAGUGCAAUGAGCCCUUGACUGGGCAGUUUGUGCGCGCGUUGGGUGGUACAUUCCAUCUGGAGUGUUUCAAGUGCGAGGAUUGUGGUGAAAUCGUCGCCUCGAAGUUCUUCCCCGUUGACUCGGACAAUGGAUCAUGCCAAUUCCCCCUCUGCGAGACGGACUAUUUCCGACGAUUGAACCUUCUAUGCCACGAUUGUGGCGGUGCUCUCCGUGGCUCCUACAUUACAGCAUUAGAUCGCAAAUACCACAUUGAGCAUUUCACUUGUUCAGUGUGUCCUACGGUAUUCGGUGCCCAGGACUCCUACUACGAACAUGAGGGCAAAGUUUACUGUCAUUUCCAUUACUCGACUCAAUUUGCACAGCGAUGCCAUGGAUGUCAUACCGCAAUUCUCAAACAGUUUGUUGAGAUUUUCCGUAAUGGCCAAAACCAACAUUGGCACCCCGAGUGUUACAUGAUCCACAAAUUUUGGAAUGUCCGACUAUCACCCGCUGGCCAAACAUGGGAACCGCCCCCUGUCGACGCCGAUGCUACACCCGAGGAGCGCGAAAACAUUCGCCGAGAAGAGGAUUCCAUGGAGGAGAAAGUCUACAAUAUUUGGAGUACUCUCUCCACGUUUGAGGAAUCUUCCGCCGCGUGCAUCUCUGACAUGCUGCUACACGUCAGCAAUGGAGCAUACAUCGACGGUGUGAUCGUCGCCAAGCGAUUCAUUGCGCAUGUGGAAAUCCUUUUGUGCUGCCGUCGACGAACUAGCAUUGUACAUCAAGUCUCAUGGCAUCUAUCGUAUGGUCGAGAGGCAAAACUCCUCUGCAAGAAGAUUGUCGCAUUCUUCGCCCUCCUAUCCAAGACGCAAGAGACCGGUGUUCGCAAGCUCGGGGUCACCCAGGAGCUGCUCUCGUUGGUGACUGGCCUGGCUCAUUACCUUAAGCUUCUCAUUCGUAUCGGUCUCCAGGGUGCUUUGAAGCUUGAGCGGGAAAAGUCGGCACCGGACGGUCUGCACAACUUCCUCGCACACCUAGCAGACCAAGAAUCCCUCGCUCCGCCAGAAGAUGAGAACGCGCCCAUUGAUCUGAAUGCCGGUGUCGAGGGUCUAGCCGAUCAACUUUCAGAUUGCUGCAUCUCAUGCAAGGAGCCCAUUGACGACGAGUGUGUCCGCCACGGAGAAAACCGCUGGCAUCUGAAACCCCCUCAUCUGGCAUGCUGCUCGUGUGAGAAGGAAUUGACUUUUGAUCUUGUGGAUGCAUUGUGGCAUGAAGGCGAAAAGCGCACGUACUGCUCAGCAUGCGCUGAUCAUCAUAAUCUCGGUCCGAAUGCACAGGCCGGCUUCAUCCAGGUCACCAAGUUGCAGCAGUUCGUCUUCCUGUUACGAGUUGCUCUUGCACGCCUUCUAGCCGUUCUCCGUGCUGGAGGAACACUUCCUUCUGCAUCUGCAGAUCCCAACGUUGAAGGCAGUGAGGACAAGGAUGGGUACCGCGUGCACCCCGGUGAUGUUCGCCGGUCCAAUACUAUUUCCCAGUCUCGUGGCGGUGCUCGUGGUGGCUUCGAGGAGUCGUCUCUGGAGCAGACUGUCGGUGAGAUGCGUCGCUUGCGUUCUCUUCGCAAUGAGCGCACUCUUUCUACGACAUAUAAGAAAGCUCGCGCAUCUCGAAUUAUCGAUGGCCCCGAGGGCCGGAGUGUCCGACCUGGGUCUUCUGGUAACGAUGGCAGUGACCCUCGUGGACCCGGCUUCCAGAUCGUUGAGGAACGAGAUGCGAAUGGCGAAACUGUGAAGGAUCUGACAUUCGGUGCUCAAGAUGCCCUCACUUUGGAUGACAUUCCUCGUAUCGUUGCAGCUGAACAGGCCAAGGAGCAGCGCCCCAACGCCUAUCGACAUGCCGGCUCUAAGCUUGUGGGAACCAUGGAAGGAAUGCCCACCUACAAGCCAGGACACGCUCGUGAGAUGUCAAAGAACCAGCUGGAUAUGCUUGUGGACUCUUCGACUCGUAGCAAACGUUACUUUUCCGAGCUCACGGCAUUGGAAUAUUUCAUCGUCCGCCAUGUUGCCGUCUUGUCGAUGGAGCCGUUGCUAGACGGGCAGUUCAGCAUGGAAGAGCUGCUCUCUCUAAUCGAAUCUCGCAAGCCUACCAUCUGGAACAUCUUUGGCCGUGCCUUCAAGGAUGAGAAGAAGAAGGGCAAGAAGAAGGGAGUCUUUGGUGUUUCACUCGACUACUUGGUUGACAAGGAGGGUACCGAGUCUGGACACGGUGUCGGCCCUGGUGCCCUGCGGAUUCCAGCACUCGUAGACGAUUCCGUCUCCGCUAUGCGCCAGAUGGACAUGUCGGUUGAGGGUGUCUUCCGGAAGAAUGGCAACAUUCGUCGUCUCAAGGAACUCGCCGAGUUGAUCGAUACCAAGUAUGACCAGGUCGACAUGACAAAGGAGGGUCCAGUGCAGAUCGCUGCGCUUCUGAAGAAGUUCCUUCGCGAAAUGCCUGAUCCAUUGAUGACUUUCAAAUUGCACCGUCUUUUCGUUGCUUCACAGAAACUGUCGGACUCUGAGAAGCAGAAGCGAGUGCUGCAUUUGGCUUGCUGUCUCCUACCCAAGGCUCAUCGCGAUACGAUGGAGGUCCUGUUCACGUUCCUCAACUGGACAUCAUCCUUCUCGCACAUUGAUGAGGAAUCGGGCAGCAAGAUGGACAUUCACAACCUGGCUACCGUCAUAACACCCAACAUUCUUUACCCGAACACGAAGAACGGCACCGUGGACGAGAGUUUCCUAGCAAUUGAAGCGGUCAACGCGCUGAUCACGUAUAACGACACCAUGUGUGAGAUUCCGGAGGACUUGCAAGCUGUUCUGAGUGAUCCUACACUUUUCAAGGAGAACUCUGAAGUCACGUCCAAGGACAUCUUGAAGCGGUAUGGUGACAUUACGCGGGGAAGCUUCUCAACGAGACCGGACAACAGCGGGGAUACCUUUACCAUCAACAACCAUCGGAAUCCGAGCACCCCGACAUCAGCUCGAAUUGAGACCGAUCCUUCUCAGGACACUGCCUGGCAGAUGCAGAGCUCAGUUCGCCAUGUUCCAGGGCCUAGUGGGCACUCCCACUCAGCAAGUGCCCAGCCCCAAGCUGGUCUUGACUUUGCGCCACCUCAGCCACCUCAGGCUGCCUAUCACCGUGAACGAAGCCAUAGCAAUGGCAGCCAAGCUGGUACAGACGGGCAGCAAGGUCUCCCCUACCGCCCACGGCCCGGUCCUGGCGCUAUGGGUGUUACUGGGUAG